UUUUCACUAAAUAUUUUUUUAAUUUUAUGACAUAAAGUAGGGAUAUAAUUUAAUCUAUAUUUUUCUAAUUGUUUUCCAGAUUUAUUUUCCAGUUUGUUGAUUAUUGUUUGUUGCAAUGUUGUUUUCUGUCACUAUAGUUUGUGGAAGUAAAAAAAUCUUUUAUGGGUUUUUGGCUAGUUUUUAUUUUGUUUUGAAUUUUAUUAUUAAAUACAGGUUGCAAGUGAAUUGCUAUAAUAUCAGAAGGUUUUGGUGUAUUUUCUAUCUGUUUAUUAACUUGAAACCAUAUUUUGUUAAUGAUUGGUUUAUGGAACAUAUUUUCAAUUAAAAUAUUAUAAAUUUUUGAUUUUGUUUCUUUUAUGUAUUUAGCAUCUGUAAUUUCCCAAGCUCUACUAAUGUGAUUUUUUGUUGUGAUUAUUAUCUGAUAUUUUGGAUGUUGGCUAUUGAAAUUUAGUAGUCUAUUACUUGUUAUAUAUUUUUUUGGUCCAUUUUGUGUUAAAAGAAUUAUCAUUAAGUCUGAAAAUCAUAACUUGUCAUCUAUAAGUUUUUCUAUUGUGAAUAUUAUUCUUUUGUUAUAACUAUUAAGUAUAUCCAGCGAGCCUUUAAAUUGAUCUUUUUCAGUUAUGAUGAAUAAGUCAUCUAUAUAUUUAUUUAUGCAGACAGGUUUAAUUAUUGUUUUGUCUAAUGAUUUAUUUAAUAAUUUAUUCAUAAAUAUUUUUUGGGAGAGUAAACCGUUACUUAACUUUAUUCAUAUACCUUGUAUAAAUAAACAUCUCCCUUAGGACUUACAGUUGUGUUAUGUCAAUGUAACAUUAAAAAUCAUCAGUUACUUGGUUUUUGUCAUACAAGUAAAUUAUCGUGAAUACCUUUAGCCUGUUUUUUUUGUAGCAAAUGUAAUAGUUUAUAAAAGUUUUUGGUUUCAGAUUCUCCUUAAAAAUAAUGAGAUAUCUUCUGCUGAAUUGGAUUUUUUUCUGAGAUUUCCUAUUACACCUCAUGUUACUAGUCCUGUUGAUUUUCUUUCUAAUGCAAGCUGGGGUGGUAUCAGAACACUGUCCACAAAAGAUGAAUUCAGAAAUUUGGAUAAAGAUAUUGAAAGUUCCUCAAAAAGGUGGAAAAAACUAGUUGAAUCGGAAUGUCCAGAAAAAGAAAAGUUACCACAAGAAUGGAAAAAUAAAACACCUAUUCAGCGACUUUGUAUGAUGAGAGCUCUUCGUCCUGAUAGAAUGACUUAUGCUAUCAAAGCAUUUAUUGAAGAAAAACUUGGGGCAAAAUAUGUUGAAUCAAGAAGUAUAGAUUUUGCUAAAUCAUUUGAAGAAUCGAGUGCUGGAACUCCCAUAUUUUUUAUUUUAUCACCUGGUGUUAAUCCAUUAAAGGAUGUUGAGCAUCUGGGACGAAAGCUUGGAUUUACAACCGAUAAAGGAAAUUUUCACAAUGUUUCAUUGGGCCAAGGACAAGAAAUUAUUGCAGAAGAGGCUAUGGAAUUGGCUUCUGGUCAGGGUCAUUGGGUUGUUCUACAGAAUGUUCAUCUUGUGAAAAAAUGGCUUCCUGUACUAGAGAAGAAAUUAGAGUUUUUAGGAGCAGAUGCAAAUCCUGAAUUCAGAGUUUUUAUGUCUGCAGAACCAGCCUCUUCUCCAUCUGCUCAUUCCAUUCCUCAGGGAAUUUUGGAAUCUUCAAUAAAAAUUACCAAUGAACCACCAACUGGUAUCAAAGCAAAUCUUCAUAAGGCAUUGGAUAACUUUUCACAGGAGACAUUAGAAUUGUGUUCAAAAGAAGCUGAAUUCAAAGCCAUCCUCUUUGCUUUGUGUUAUUUCCAUGCAGUAGUAGCUGAAAGAAGAAAAUUCGGUCCUCAGGGAUGGAAUAAAGUUUAUCCAUUUAAUGUUGGUGAUUUAAAUAUUAGUGCAAGUGUUCUUUACAACUAUUUGGAAGCCAAUUCAAAGGUUCCAUGGGAAGACCUGAGAUAUUUGUUUGGAGAAAUAAUGUAUGGUGGACAUAUUACGGAUGAUUGGGACAGAAGAUUAUGUAUUAGUUAUUUAGAAGAAUUUAUGCAACCAGAACUUGUUGAUGGUGAACUGUUGCUCGCUCCAGGUUUUGCUGCUCCUCCAAACCUAGACUAUCAAGGUUAUCACACUUAUAUUGAUGAAGCCAUGCCUGCAGAAAGUCCUUAUUUAUAUGGCCUACAUCCGAAUGCUGAGAUUGGCUUCCUUACAACAACAUCUGAGAAACUGUUCAGGACAGUAUUUGAAAUGCAGCCAAGAGAAACUGGAGCUUCAGGUGGUGCUACAGUGACUAGAGAAGAAAAGGUGAAACAAAUCAUUGAUGAAAUAGUGGAAAAGUUACCUGAAGAGUUUAACAUGACUGAGAUUAUGGGUAAGGUAGAAGAGAGAACCCCUUAUGUAAUUGUUGCUUUUCAAGAAUGCCAAAGGAUGAACCAUCUUACGGGAGAAAUGAAGCGAUCCUUGAAAGAGCUGGAUUUAGGUUUAAAGGGUGAACUGACGAUUACAUCCGACAUGGAAGAUUUGGAAAAUGCCCUCUUUCUGGAUCAAGUUCCUGCUGUCUGGUCUGCUAGGGCAUAUCCAUCACUGCUUGGACUCACCUCAUGGUUUAUUGAUCUUCUGCUGAGGCUUCGCGAACUGGAAACCUGGUCCACAGACUUUGUUUUACCUUCAUCAGUAUGGUUAUCUGGAUUUUUCAAUCCACAAUCCUUUCUAACUGCCAUUAUGCAAAGUACUGCUAGAAAAACUGAGCAGCCUUUAGAUAAAAUGUGUUUGCAAUGUGAUGUCACAAAAAAACACAAAGAAGAUUUUAUGAGUCCUCCUCGAGAAGGAGCUUAUGUUCAUGGAUUUUUCAUGGAAGGUGGUCGUUGGGAUGUACAACAAGGAAUAAUUAUGGAGUCUAGAUUAAAAGAACUGUUUCCAGCUGUACCAGUUAUUAACAUAAGGGCUAUUCCUCAAGACAAGCAAGAUCUAAGAAAUGUUUACGAAUGUCCUGUAUAUAAAACGAGAACUAGAGGGCCAACAUACGUGUGGACAUUCAAUUUAAAAACAAAAGAAAAACCUGCGAAAUGGACUUUAGCUGGAGUUAGCUUAUUACUACAGAUUUAAAUAAAGAACCAGCUUAUGAAAGACGAUAAAAUAAAUAAAAACUGGUUAAAUAAAUUAUUAAUCAAUAUUCGGAAUAAUUUUCAUAAAAAAGUAAUAAUAUGGACACUAUUUAUUUCUGUCAACUUGGAUUUAUCUGAAAAGAAAAAUACAACUAUUUAAGAGGUCAGCUAUUUUUUUUUCUAUGAAGAACAUUUUGAGAAUUAUUAUAAAUAUAAUAAUGAAGUAAAAACGAUUAAAACAUUUUUAGAGAUAUUUUUGUCUAUUAAUUCGUUUAAGGAAUCGUUUGAGUUUAUGGAAGCUUCCAAAGUAUCAAUAUUUCUAUUUGUUGAAAAAAAUUAUCAGUUUUCAAUUAUGACAUAUUCCUUAUUAAUGCCAUCAUGAUGGGGAUGGCAGUGCACUUAUAUCAUGUUGUCA